UAAAUCAUCCUAACUUGUGUUUGUGAGGCAUUGCAACUUCCUAACUUGAAAUCAUGAACACUAUUCAACAAACAAAAGAAAAAUGGCAAGGCAAGGCCAAAACUGAAUUAGUAGGAUGCAAAGCAGACCAAGUAUGGCCUCUCUUGGAAGAUUUUUUUGGUCUUGAUAAAUGGUUUCCAACUCUCUCUUAUUGCAUUCCAGUUGAAGGAAUAUCCGGCAAACCCGGUUGUGUCCGAUUCUGUGCCGGUUUCAAGACUCCAGUUGAUAAACAUGGCAAACAAAACUUGAAUUGGACUAAGCAGAAACUUCUUUCAAUUGAUCCAAUUCAAAGGGUGUUUAGCUAUGCAAUUGUUGAUGGAAAUGUUGGAUUUCAUUCCUAUGUUUCAACUGUUAGGGUUUUGCCAAAAGAUAAUGGUUGUGAGAUUGAGUGGAUAUAUGAAGUUGAACAUGUUGAAGGGUGGAGAUUGGAGUAUCUUGAUUUAUUCAUUGGUUCAGGCUUGGAUGAGAUGGGUCAGAGAAUGCAAGGAGCUUUGAAGACAAUGGAAGAUGCAAUUAGAGCUUAAAAUUGAAGUAGUCAUUGUUAGACCCACCAAGAUAUGAAAUUUAACCGUUGGAUCAAAAUCGGACGCUAACGAUUUUAAACUCGGUAUUUUAGUUUUUUUUUUCUUUAAAUAAUCAAAUCAUGUAUUGAAAUUUGGAUCUAUCAAUCUCAUAUCCAAAUAUUGUCGACUACAUGAAUGCAAAAAAGUACCGACCGGAAGUAAUGUGAAUUCCGAAGAUUGUACAUUUUAAGUUUUUAUUUGGAUGCCUAAAAAAAAGUUAUUAUUUGGAUUCCAUUGAUCAUAAA